AUGUCCAUGCUUUUCCAAUUCACCCCUCCAUUGAAUUACCAACAGCGACAGGCCACUGUCGCUACAGAAAAUACAGUGGAGAACGCGAAUGAGUGUCAUGGUUCUGUAGAUUUUCAAUAUAGACCCUAUUUGGAUGAUACACACCAUGCGCGCUUCACCAUUGUACAUGAAACCGCUCAUAGCGCAUGGCGUUGGUUUCAGGAGAAGGAGCUACCCUCUGGAGGUGUGCGUGGCGAUAAUUGGCGGCUGGGUGGUACAGAGAAUGUCGUUUCAGUUGAUAAGAAUGUAGGAACCUCGCGCUGCAUCCCGUGGCUCUGUGUGGCGUGCUUCGGGCUUUAUCAGUUUAUGGAUCAUGUUCACGCUCCCAUGGUGGCAGCAAAGGUACGACAGAGCCGGUUUACGGAUUCCAAUAGUAUAUCCAUAAACAUCAACAUCAGUCGCAGCCUGACAUUUACGUGGCUGGCAGUGGCUACUCGGUAUUAUGACAGACUUGCAACCAUGGUUGAGCGACCACCUCCAGCAGCAAUUAUCCCGGAAGAGUUUUCAAACUUCAAGGAGCUUUACAUGUCCGAUUUACGGGCGCGCGUACUACAGUAUCUCAUCUACCCUCAUUCAGAGAUUGUUACAUUAAGAAGGGAAUCCAUCCAUGGUAUACUAGUAUAUUUAAAACUACUUGGUGUGGAAACCGAUUCCGUGGAGCCCGGGGUGGCCGAAAAAGAGGAACCAAGAGAAAAAGUUCAGCGAGUGGAGAGCAUAAGAAAAGAAGACAUUACAUGCACUUGCCCUCAAAAAUUUACCUACGAUACGAAUAACGAGCACGUAGUGUGUGAAGUGUACUGCUGUCAUCCCCCUACAGAGCCCCUUGUCACAUGCAAUAAAUUUCCAAAGCACUACGCUAGCAACAAAAGCGGUGAUAUGGUUUUGACCUAUUCCGUCAUCUACGAGCAUGUAGUGCCGCACUUGGCAUCUAUUGGUUGGGCUUCUUUACCUCUAUCCGACAAGGAUGUUGAUAAUGUUCGGGUAAAGGCCUACGAGGCCGCAACGAUGACUUGCACUAUCACCCAUGCUAACAUUUUUUUGCAGGGUAAUUACCUAAAAAUGCAACGCAAUCUAUCCCAGUCGCCGUGGUUUGUUGAUGGCUUGCGUGUUGGCUCUUUUUCACUUCAGGAAAUUAUUGCGGGCCCGAUCUUGCCUUUUUUCUUUCCGGAGGGUGUUACAGCCUUAAAUAGUCCCACCGGAGAUCAAGUUGGUUUAGGAGAACUUGACUUUACCCCCCAAAGUCAAAAUAAUGAUACAACAAAUGUCAAUGCAAAGCGACACCACCGAAACAGUGUAGAUCCGGAAACUGUGAGUGCUCAGCAGGUAUUUGGAUAUGGACGCUAUAAAUUCCAUAGUGCUGGUCGUGAGGAUGUUGAUGUGCGGAUGCUCGGAUCUGGAAGACCCUUUGUCCUUGAAAUCGUGAACCCCUCUAGCGAAGCGGUCUCUGCGGACGACUUUCCGGAGAUGGUGAAGCGCAUCAACGAAAGCCACGACGGCAGCGUUAAGGUGCAUAGCCUGCGGUUUACAGACCCCGGGGUUACGGUGCGCCUCGCACGUCACUCGGAGAGCAAGCUAAAGCGGUAUCGUUGUGUGGUUUGGAGCAGCAGAGCGAUUGAAGACCCUUCAACUGACUCUCGCUUUGCGAUCGUGAAUGCUACAAAGGAUCUUCAGAUCGAGCAAAAGACACCCUUGCGAGUGCUGCAUCGGCGCUCAUUGCAUGCUCGCUCGCGGAUUAUCCAUUCGAUGCAGCUUACCCCGCUUAAUGCCCACUGGUAUAUCCUGGAGUUGGAAACACAGGCGGGUACGUACGUGAAGGAGUUUGUUCACGGGGACAUGGGUCGAACGGUCCCGAGUUUGGGGACAUUGUUGGAGGCAAGGACGGAUAUCAUACAGCUUGAUGUCAUGGGAAUGGAUAUACAGGACCUAGACUCAUGA